GUUAAUCAUUCAUGAUCCAUUUUUUUUAAAAAAAAUUGACCUGUUCAUACCAAACUAUUAACCUAAAAUAAACCCUCUUCCAAACUUAUAAACUAAUUUUACCCUAAUUUUCUUUAAUCUCCCAUCUUUAAAGUUCUCCUCUUUUUAUCCAUUAUCUCAAUUUUCCAAAUAUCAAUAUGAAAUCCCACUAUUCUAUAGCUUCACUAAAAUCACUUCUUUUCUUCCUAUUCCUUUUCUCACCUUCAAGUGCUGCACCAGUUGGAAUAUGCUAUGGAAAUAUAGCAGACAACCAUCCACCACCAUCCUCAAUAGUCUCCCUCCUCCAAUCGAACGCGAUACCAACGGUUCGAAUCUUCAAACCAUCACCAGAAGUGUUGCAAUCAUUCUCAGACUCAGGGAUCAACCUAAUGAUAGGUGUCCCUAAUGAAAUACUACCUUCCUUAGCCAAUAACCCUGUUACAUUUUCUUUACAAUGGCUUCAAUCCAACAUUUUAGACUAUUUCCCACCUACCCAUAUCAAAUACUUAGCAGUUGGAAAUGAGGUUUUUUUUAAAGAUCCAUAUUACACACCAUUUGUUGUUCCUUCUAUUUGGAACCUUCACCAAGCCUUAAAAACCCUUAAUUUAGAUCAAAUGAUCAAACUGUCUACCCCACAUGCGGCGUGUGUUCUUGGGACGUCUUUUCCUCCAUCUAAUGGGAGUUUUAAUAAUGAAAUUAUGCAACAAAUGAUCCCUUUGUUACAAUUUUUACAACAAAAUGAUUCACCCUUUAUGGUAAAUAUAUACCCUUUUUUUAGUUACAUUAAUAACAAAAAAGAUAUUGGUCUAGACUAUGCCCUAUUUAACUCCCAAGGGUACAUGUUGGAUAAUGAGUUGUACUAUAACAACUUGUUCGAUGCCACGUUGGACUCGUUCGUGGCAGCGAUGGAGAGGGAGGGGUUCCCUGGGGUACGAAUCGUGGUGACGGAGACAGGGUGGCCUACGGGUGGGGGCGAGGACGCGAGCCCGGAUAAUGCUAGGAUGUACAAUGGAAAUGUUGUUAGACGUGCUAGAGGAGAUGUUGGGACUCCUAUGAGGCCGGGUGUUGGAGUGGAGGUAUUUUUGUUUGAUAUGUUUGAUGAAAAUGAGAAAGAUGGACAAGAAUAUGAGAAGCAUUUUGGAGUUUUUGAGCUUAAUGGUAUGAAGGCUUAUGAUGUUAGUUUUACCUAAGCUAAUUAAUGUAAAAUGGUUUAAUUGAUCACUAAAUUUUCACGUGUUCAUAUACUUGUAAAGAUUUCUAGCAAGUUCAUGUACUUUUUUAUCAUUUAUUUCUCCAACUUUAAAUAGAAAUUAGAAUGUAAUUGCAUUAAUGCAGUA